GUCAUUCUGCAAAAGCUGCCCAGAACAGGCUUUCCUCUGAAAAGCAGUGCCAUUCCUUUUUAGAAAGACUGAAUCUAAGUGCUGUCUCUGGAGACAAGAAGCCUUCAGUAUGUUAAAUUACUUUCAUUAUGUAUUUUCAGAUGCUUAUUGAUUCCACAGUAGGAAGAGUGAGAGACUGCAGCAGCCUCCAAGCAGCACUACAUGUUCCAUACAUUAGCAGUACUGCUGAAACAAUAGCACAGUACAGACACACAUUUUCAUUAAGGUCUUUUUUGAAGAGGUGUUUAUGACCCUCUUCCCCCAGUCCUCUACUAACCAGUGAACAAAAUGAAUCAAUCAAAACUGGAAAUGCUUCAACUACAUCAAGAAUUUAUCAAAUCUUUAGCAGAGGGCCCAAAGCAGCUAAUUCAGUAUUUACAACUGACAAUAUGAAGAAUGCAUCUGACCCAUCACCUCCCUAGCUGUCUGAACCACAAACUGCAGGAUAUUCUUGCAACAAUGAUUCUAAGACAUUAAGGAGUUAAAACCAGAGAAUAUAGGUCUACGUUACUGCUGGGAUAUACCACAUCGACAGUAACCAUCCUAAGAAGAUGCUAUAUAAAACAGCCACAAAAUGAAAAUAUAACUGUAAAAGCCUGAAAACAAAAUGGUGAGCAUUUUUAAAGGGAGAGUUUAUAAUUUAACAUACCAAAAUUGUGGAGCCACCAAUUCCUGAAGAAACAAUGAAACAUGGAUUGCCAAGAGAAUGACAUACAUUACCAGCAAGCUAAAUGAAGCUUUAGCAAGUAUUUUUCUGCAUUAAAUAUUCAGAUAUUCAUAUCAAUUGAUAUUACUAAAGGAUUUUUCCAUCUGAGUUUUAUGACCAAUUAUGUAUCCUCUUCUAAUGAAAACAAACCAAAUUAAAUAGCAGAUGGUUUUUAUCAAGAGAACAUGGACUGGACUUAUAACCAAGUUAUGUGACCAAGAAAUCAUUUCAAAAUAAUGAGGACUGCUAUAGAAACAGAUUUACAUUUGUAACAAAAGGAUGUCUAAGUACAUUUUAGAAGCUAGAAACCUUAUGUUUCUUUUGUUUUCAUAUGUUCUGGAAAAUAAAGAGACAUCAUCACAUAUUCUCUCAAAGGGAAACAAUUCCUAUCAUUUGAGGAAGUUUCUCUCGGUCGUGACUUUUUAAGGCAAAACAAACACAAGUAUUUUGUACUGGUCUUUAGAAAUUCAUCAGCCAACUAAAUCUCACAAUUCAUGCAGUUGAAGUAUUGGAGAGAAAAAUGAAAGAAUUCCUACAAGACAUGAAAUAAAACACAGCUACUUCACUGUUGUCAGGGAAAAAACCAACUGCUCCAAAAGAAUGUGUUUUUCUCCCAUUCUGGAAAUCAACAUGCAGCCUGAAUCUAACAUUACAGUGCGAGAUGACAUUGAUGACAUCAACACCAAUAUGUACCAACCACUAUCAUAUCCAUUAAGCUUUCAAGUGUCUCUCACCGGAUUUCUUAUGUUAGAAAUUGUGUUGGGACUUGGCAGCAACCUCACCGUAUUGGUACUUUACUGCAUGAAAUCCAACUUAAUCAACUCUGUCAGUAACAUUAUUACGAUGAAUCUUCAUGUACUUGAUGUAAUCAUUUGUGUGGGAUGUAUUCCUCUAACUAUAGUUAUCCUUCUGCUUUCACUGGAGAGUAACACUGCUCUCAUCUGCUGUUUCCAUGAGGCCUGUGUAUCUUUUACAAGUGUCUCAACAGCAAUCAACGUUUUUGCUAUCACUUUGGACAGAUAUGACAUCUCUGUAAAGCCUGCAAACCGAAUUCUGACAAUGGGCAGAGCUGUAAUGCUAAUGAUAUCCAUUUGGAUUUUUUCAUUUUUCUCCUUCCUGAUUCCCUUUAUUGAGGUAAAUUUUUUCAGCCUUCAAAAUGGAAAUACAUGGGAAAACAAGACACUUCUGUGUGUCAGUACGAAUGAAUACUACACUGAACUGGGAAUGUAUUAUCACCUGCUAGUACAGAUCCCAAUAUUCUUUUUCACUGUCAUAGUAAUGUUAAUCACAUACACCAAAAUACUUCAGGCCCUCAAUAUUCGAAUAGGCACAAGAUUCUCAACAGGGCAGAAGAAGAAAGCAAGAAAGAAAAAGACGAUUUCUCUAACCACACAACACGAGACUACAGACAUGUCACAAAGCAGUGGUGGGAGAAAUGUAGUCUUUGGUGUUAGAACUUCAGUCUCUGUAAUAAUUGCCCUCCGGCGAGCUAUGAAACGACACCGUGAACGACGAGAAAGGCAAAAGAGGGUCUUCAAAAUGUCUUUAUUGAUUAUUUCUACAUUUCUUCUCUGCUGGACACCAAUUUCUGUUUUAAAUACCACCAUUUUAUGUUUAGGCCCAAGUGACCUUUUAGUAAAAUUAAGGUUGUGUUUUCUAGUCAUGGGUUAUGGAACAACUAUAUUUCAUCCUCUAUUAUAUGCAUUUACUAGACAAAAAUUUCAAAAGGUCUUGAAAAGUAAAAUGAAAAAGCGAGUUGUUUCCAUAGUAGAAGCUGAUCCCAUGCCUAAUAAUGCUGUAAUACACAACUCUUGGAUAGAUCCUAAAAGAAACAAAAAAAUUACCUUUGAAGAUAGUGAAAUUAGAGAAAAAUGUUUAGUACCUCAGGUUGUCACAGACUAGGGAAAAGGCUAAGUUUCACCAAACCCACAUUCAGAAGUUUUAAAUUUAAACUGUAAAGAAUUACUGCCAAAUAUAAGAAAAACAUUUUAAGUACUGGUUAUGUUGUAAAUUUUCAAUGUAAAUGUCAAGAUUAGAUUAGGUCAUAUAUAUUCAAUUUUUUCAUUACUUAAUGUAUUUGUUGCAUGGCAGUUUGUUAAGGUAAUAUCAUGUGUAUAUUUUGUCAAUAUUAUGUCCAUCAAAAGACAUUUAUGUAAGUCAUAUUUUCUAAAGAAUAAAUACAUAGCCUUAAAACACUGUAUAACUUUAAAAU